AUGCCAGCUGGGGGCCGGGCCGGGAGCCUGAAGGACCCUGAUGUGGCUGAGCUCUUCUUCAAGGAUGACCCUGAAAAGCUCUUCUCUGAUCUCCGGGAAAUUGGCCAUGGCAGCUUUGGAGCCGUGUACUUUGCCCGAGAUGUCCGGAAUAGUGAGGUGGUGGCCAUCAAGAAGAUGUCCUAUAGUGGGAAGCAGUCAAAUGAGAAGUGGCAGGACAUCAUCAAGGAGGUGCGGUUCCUGCAGAAGCUCCGGCACCCCAAUACCAUUCAGUACCGGGGCUGUUACCUGAGGGAGCACACGGCUUGGCUGGUGAUGGAGUAUUGCCUGGGCUCAGCUUCUGACCUUCUAGAAGUGCACAAGAAGCCCCUUCAGGAGGUGGAGAUUGCAGCUGUCACCCAUGGGGCCCUUCAGGGCCUGGCUUACCUGCACUCCCACAACAUGAUCCAUAGGGAUGUGAAGGCUGGAAACAUCUUGCUAUCAGAGCCAGGCUUGGUGAAGCUAGGGGACUUCGGCUCUGCAUCUAUCAUGGCACCCGCCAACUCCUUUGUGGGCACCCCGUACUGGAUGGCUCCAGAGGUGAUCCUCGCAAUGGAUGAGGGGCAGUACGAUGGCAAAGUGGAUGUCUGGUCCUUGGGGAUAACCUGCAUCGAGCUGGCGGAACGGAAACCACCGCUGUUUAACAUGAAUGCGAUGAGUGCCUUAUACCACAUUGCACAGAACGAGUCCCCCGUGCUCCAGUCAGGACACUGGUCUGAGUACUUCCGGAAUUUUGUUGACUCCUGUCUUCAGAAAAUCCCUCAAGACAGACCAACCUCAGAGGUUCUUCUGAAGCACCGCUUUGUGCUCCGGGAGCGGCCACCCACAGUCAUCAUGGACCUGAUCCAGAGGACCAAGGAUGCCGUGCGGGAGCUGGACAAUUUGCAGUACCGAAAGAUGAAGAAGAUACUGUUCCAAGAAGCACCCAAUGGCCCUGGUGCUGAAGCCCCAGAGGAGGAGGAGGAGGCCGAGCCCUACAUGCACCGGGCUGGGACGCUGACCAGUCUAGAGAGUAGCCACUCAGUGCCAAGCAUGUCCAUCAGCGCCUCCAGCCAGAGCAGUUCAGUCAAUAGCCUAGCUGAUGCCUCGGACAACGAGGAGGAAGAGGAGGAGGAGGAAGAGGAAGAGGAGGAAGAGGAAGGCCCUGAAGCCCGAGAGAUGGCCAUGAUGCAAGAAGGGGAGCAUACAGUUACCUCCCAUAGUUCCAUCAUCCACCGACUGCCGGGUUCUGACAACUUGUAUGAUGACCCCUACCAGCCGGAGAUGACCCCAGGUCCUCUCCAGCCACCCGCAGCCCCAGCUCCCACCUCUACCACCUCUUCUGCCCGCCGCCGGGCCUACUGCCGCAACAGGGAUCACUUUGCCACCAUCCGUACUGCCUCCCUGGUCAGCCGUCAGAUCCAGGAGCAUGAGCAGGACUCAGCCCUGCGGGAGCAGCUGAGUGGCUAUAAGCGGAUGCGACGACAGCACCAGAAACAGCUGCUGGCCUUGGAGUCACGGCUGAGGGGUGAACGUGAGGAGCAUAGCGCACGGCUACAGCGGGAGCUUGAGGCACAGCGGGCCGGCUUUGGGGCUGAGGCAGAAAAACUGUCCCGGCGGCACCAGGCCAUUGGUGAGAAGGAGGCACGAGCCGCCCAGGCCGAGGAGCGAAAGUUCCAGCAGCACAUCCUUGGGCAGCAGAAGAAAGAGCUAGCGGCCCUGCUGGAGGCACAGAAGCGAACCUACAAACUUCGGAAGGAGCAGCUAAAGGAGGAGCUCCAGGAGAACCCCAGCACACCCAAGCGGGAGAAGGCCGAGUGGCUUCUGCGGCAGAAGGAGCAACUCCAGCAGUGCCAGGCAGAGGAGGAGGCGGGGCUGCUGCGGCGACAGCGUCAGUACUUUGAGCUUCAGUGUCGCCAGUAUAAGCGCAAGAUGCUGCUGGCCCGUCACAGCCUGGACCAGGACCUGCUGCGGGAGGAUUUGAACAAGAAGCAGACCCAGAAGGACUUGGAGUGUGCGUUGCUGCUGCGGCAGCAUGAGGCCACGCGAGAGCUGGAGCUACGGCAGCUCCAGGCUGUCCAGCGCACACGGGCCGAACUCACCCGCCUGCAGCACCAGACAGAGCUGGGCAACCAGCUGGAGUACAACAAGCGGCGUGAGCAGGAGUUGCGGCAGAAGCAUGCAGCCCAGGUUCGCCAGCAGCCCAAGAGCCUCAAAGUACGUGCAGGCCAGCGUCCCCCGGGCCUCCCGCUCCCCAUUCCUGGGGCUCUGGGACCACCCAGCACAGGCACCCCUAGAGAAGAGCAGCCCUGCUCAUCUGGCCAGGAGGCAGUCCUGAACCAAAGAAUUCUGGGAGAGGAGGAGGAGGAGGAAGCAGUUCCAGAGAGAAGGAUUCUGGGAAAGGAAGGGGCUACCCUGGAGCCAGAGGAACAGAGGAUAUUGGGGGAAGAAUCAGGAACCCCUAGUCCCAACCCACAAAAACAUAGUUUGAUUGAUGAGGAAGGUUGGGGUCUGCCUGAGGAGGAGAUAGAAGAGCUUAGGGUCCCAUCCCUGGCGCCCCAAGAGAGGAGCAUUGUGGGCCAGGAGGCAGCUGGGGAAUGGAGGUUAUGGGAGAAGCAGGACGGGAGCCUCCUGGAUGAGGAAUUUGAGCUUGGCUGGAUCCCGGGCCCAGCGCUGACCCCAGUCCCCGAGGAAGAUGAGGAAGAGGAAGAGGGGGCGCCAAUUAGGACCCCGAGGGAUCCUGGAGAUGGCUGUCCCUCACCAGACAUCCCCCCUGAACCCCCUCCAACACGUCUGAGGCAUGGCCCUAUUAGCCAGCUCCCUGGACUCCUGUCCCAUGGCCUCCUGGCUGGCCUCUCCUUUGCAGUGGGAUCCUCCUCUGGCCUCCUGCCCCUGCUACUUCUGCUGCUGCUCCCACUGCUGGCAGCCCAGGGUGGGGGUGGCCUGCAGGCAGCGCUCCUGGCCCUUGAGGUCGGGCUGGUGGGCCUGGGGGCCUCCUACCUACUUCUUUGUACAGCUCUGCACCUGCCCCCCAGUCUGUUCCUCCUCCUGGCCCAGGGCACUGCACUGGGGGCUGUCCUGGGUUUGAGCUGGCGCCGUGGCCUUAUGGGUGUCCCUCUGGGCCUUGGGGCUGCCUGGCUCCUAGCCUGGCCAGGCCUGGCUCUACCUCUGGCAGCUCUGGCAGCUGGGGGCAAAUGGGUGCGGCAGCAGGGCCCCCGGAUGCGCCGGGGCAUCUCUCGACUCUGGCUGCGGGCUCUGCUGCGCCUGUCGCCUGUGGCCUUUUGUGCCCUACAGGGCUGUGGAGCUGUGGGGGACCGAGGCCUGUUUGCACUCUACCCCAAGACCAACAAGGAUGGCUUCCGCAGCCGUCUGCCCGUUCCUGGGCCCCGGCGGGGUAAUCCCCGCACUGCCCGACACCCGCUAGCCCUGUUGGCGAGGUUUUGGACCCUGUGCAAGGGCUGGAACUGGCGCCUGGCACGGGCCAGCCAGGGUUUAGCCUCCCACUUGCCCCCUUGGGCUAUCCACACACUGGCCAGCUGGGGCCUGCUCCGAGGUGAGAGGCCCAGCCGUAUCCCCCGGCUGCUGCCCCGUAGCCAGCGCCGGCUAGUGCCCUCUGCCUCUCGCCAAUCAGCGCCCGGGACUCUAAUUGGGCGGCGAUCCCGACCCCGCCAGUCCCGGGCCCUGCCUCCUUGGAGGUAA